UGCCACGGAUGACUUCAACCACGGCGUGGUGCUGAGCGCGCGGCCCCUCGGGGACAACGAGCUGUUCCAGGUGCGCCUGGACAAGAUGGUGGACAAGUGGGCGGGGUCCAUCGAGAUCGGCGUCACCACCCCCAGCCCCGCCUACCUGCAGCUGCCGUCCACCAUGACCAACCUGCGCUCAGUGUGUGGGGCAGCACAGGCCACUAUUGUGGACGAGGGAGAGGUGUCCUCGCUGGCUGGGGACGGCUCGGAGGGUGACAGCGGCGGUGGCAGCCCCGAGGGCGCGUCCCCGGGCGCGUCCCCGAGCGACCUGCGCUUCCACCGGCUGCACGGCGCCAACGCCGUCAUCACCAACGGCGGCCGCACGGCGCUGCGCCAGAACUGCCGCUCCGAGUUCAACGACGCCAUCGUCAUCUCCAACCGGGCCCUGCGGGACGGGGAGCUGUUCGAGAUCGUCAUCCAGAAGAUGGUGGAUCGAUGGUCGGGCUCCAUCGAGGCCGAAGAUGGUGGAUCGAUGGUCGGGCUCCAUCGAGGCCGGUGA